AUGAAGGACGGCCAGCAGGAGGAAGAGGAGGAAGAGAAGGAAGAGGAGGAUGGACAUACUGUAACAAAUGCUGACACCACACUGAGCCAGCAUGCCCCAGCCCCUGAGCACCUCCACAGCUCUGUCAGCUCCACUACCAUGUGUAGAUGGACAGUGACCCAGGGUGCAGCAGCAGUUGCCUGGUUGUCCUCCUGCCCCGGCUGCAGACUUGUGUUCCUCUUGUUCUUCCUCCUGCUCAGACCCUCCUCCUCAUCCCCACUCCCGUCCCCAGUGUCCACAGACUCCACAGACAAACAGAAUGCACCUCAUCUGUUUUUCUCACACCUGCCUCCCUCACCCGUCCCACUGCAUGUAUCUUCUGCAAGGUUGCCACGGGCGACCAACGUGUCCUCGGCUACAGUUGUUGGGCGACACGUGCGGAGCAGCUACACACAUUUGCAAGGAGAUGUCCGCAGGCGAAAACUGUUCUCCUACCAAAAAUUCUUCCUUCGCAUUGACAAGAAGGGAAAAGUUAAUGGAACCAAGAUUGAGGAUGAUCCUUACAGUAUUCUUGAGAUCAAGUCUGUGGAUGUUGGAGUGGUUGCCAUCAGAGGUCUCAGCAGCAACUACUAUCUGGCUAUCAGCAAGAAGGGGGAGCUAUACGGAGCAAGUGAGUUUGGUCCGGACUGUCGCCUGAUCGAACGCAUUGAAGAAAACAAAUACAAUACCUACGCUUCAGCUGAAUGGCGGAACAAAAAAAAGCACAUGUUUGUUGGACUUAAUCCCAAUGGCAAGCCAAUGAGAGGAAAGAAGACUCGAAGGAAAAAUACAGCAACGCACUUCCUGCCUAUUAUGGUCCUACCACGGUGA